AUGUCUGUUAUAUUAGCAUCAGCAGGUUAUGAUCAUACAAUUAGAUUCUGGGAUGCAUUAACAGGGGUAUGUUCCCGAACAAUCCAACAUACAGACUCCCAGGUCAAUCGAUUGGAAAUCACCUCCGACAAACGAUUCCUUGCUGCUGCUGGGAACUUAUAUGUUCGAUUAUACGACAUACGACAGGGUGGGAGUACCGGGAACAACGCAGCUCAAACAUCAGCUGCUAAUGCUGGAACAGGUGGUGGAAGUAAUUCCGGUGGCAAUAGUGAUAAUAAUCCCGUCAUGACAUUUGAAGGCCAUACUAAUAACGUGACUUCGCUUGCCUUCCAAGCGGAAAAUAAAUGGAUGGUUACAUCUCUGGAAGAUGGAAUGGUUAAAGUGUGGGAUGUGAGGUCUCCGUCUGUGCAAAGGAAUUACAAACAUAAUUGUCCUGUGAAUGAAGUUGUCAUUCAUCCUAAUCAAGGUGAACUUAUAAGUUGUGAUCAAGACGGAAACAUUCGUGUUUGGGAUCUAGGUGAGAAUCAAUGCACUCAUCAUUUAAUUCCUGAAGAUGAUGUGCCUAUAAAUUCCAUAUCUGUAGCCAGUGAUGGAUCAAUGCUUGUGGCUGGGAAUCACAAGGGGAAUUGUUAUGUAUGGAAAAUGCAAAAUCAAAAGGAUAUAACUUCAUUAACACCCGUUACUAAGUUCCGAUCCCAUCUGAAAUAUAUCACUCGGGUAUUAUUACUGACGGAUAUGAAACAUUUGGCUACUUGUUCAGCAGACCAUACAGCUAGAAUUUGGUCUACUGAGCAAAAUUUUACUUUGGAAACAACAUUACAGGGACAUCAACGAUGGGUAUGGGAUUGUGCAUUCAGUGCAGACAGUGCAUACCUAGUGACUGCUUGUUCUGAUCAUUAUGUGAGGUUGUGGGAUUUGUCUAAUAGUGAAACUGUUAGACAGUAUAAUGGUCACCAUAAGGGUGCUGUAUGUGUUGCAUUAAACGAUGUAUAG